AUGGCUUUGGCAAACAGGGGAGUAGUGUUUUUCAUGAUGAUAAUGGUGGCUCUUCGUGGGUUAUCAAUGGCUGCUGUCUACAAGGUUGGCGACUCAGCUGGUUGGACCAUCUUGGGCAAUGGCCAAGAAUACCAAGACUGGGCUGCUACCAACAAGUUCUUCGUUGGUGAUACUCUUUUUUUCGAGUACAACACCCAAUUCCACAACGUGAAGCAAGUGAACGUCGAAGAUUUCAAGUCAUGCAACCCAGAGAAUCCGAUUGCGACGUACGUCGACGGCUCCGACAAUAUCAUCCUGAAAAGCUCAGGCGAGUACUAUUUCUUGUGUGGUUUUCCAGGCCACUGCCAAGCUGGUAUGAAGCUUCACGUCACUGUUAACUCAGCAGCCAAUUUGCCUCACAACCCCACUCCAACUCCUCUGGCUAGUAACGUUGCUCCAUCUCUCUAUGCUUCCAAGCUCAGCUGCCUGGCUAUGGUCGUCGCUGCUGCCACCCUCCCAUUCUUCCUUCUGCUGGUUUAG